AUGCGCUCUUCAGUCGAAAAGGUUGAUAUCAACAUGGAAGGCAAUCACGUUGAUGAGAAGCAGCCUGCUCACGAUGCUGCGCCUCUUGGCGACAAGGCUUUGACUCGAAGGAUACUUCUGAAGCUUGAUUUCAGGAUCCUGCCCGUCUUGGCUCUUCUCUUCUUGUGCUCAUUCCUGGACCGCACGAAUGUCGGAAACGCGAAAACUUAUGGGCUGGAAGCCAGCCUCAAGAUGACGGAUCAUCAAUACGAUACCGGUUUGGCUGUAUACUACGCGACGUAUAUCGCGAGGCAAGUUCUGUUCCAUGUUUGGCGACAAUCUGUCAGAUCUAUCACAAUAUUUGAUAUUGAGAUACCGAGUAAUCUUGUUCUGAAGAAAAUCAGUCCUAAAAUAUGGCUGCCGGCUUUAACAGUUAUGUGGGGUAUUGUGACGAUGUGUCUUGGGUUUGUGAGAAAUUAUUCGGGGUUUCUGGCUGUGAGAGCUGUUUUGGGCAUUACUGAAGGUGGACUUUUGCCUGGGAUUGUUUUGUAUCUGUCGGGAAUGUAUACAAGAGGAGAAAUGGCACUGCGAUUGGGACUUUUUUAUACCGCUGCUUCUCUCAGUGGUGCCUUUGGUGGCCUUCUCGCACGAGGACUCACAGAGAUUGGGAAAGUUGGAGGCCAGGCGAAAUGGAGUUGGAUUUUCAUCAUCGAAGGCCUUCUUACUGUGGUUGUAGGAGUCAUCGCAUACUUCCUCCUACCCAAUAGCGUAGACACAGCUUCCUUUCUGAAAGAAGAUGAGCGUGUAUACGCUCGAACACGCCUCCACCUCGAUCUCCCAUCACGACUUGCUCAGGAUGGCAGCAUGGAUCAACACGAAGUCUUUGCGUGGUCCGAAGUAUCACGCGGAAUCUUCGACCUCUCGACAUGGCUGAGCGCCGUCGCGUACUUCGGCAUCCUAGCCGGCCUCUACUCAUUCGGCCUCUUCCUCCCCACCAUAAUCGUAGAACUGGGCUACACAGCCAACGAAGCCCAGCUCUGGUCCGUCAUCCCCUACGCCGUAGCAACCGUCGUCACGAUCUUCGUCUCCUUCAUGUCGGACCGCCUGAAACUGCGCGGCGUCGUGAUGCUCAUCGUGCUCCUCCCCGCCAUUGUGGGCUACGCAGUGAUUGCCAACAUCGGCAUCCAGCAUCCCAAGGUCAAAUACGGCAUGACAAUUUUAAUGGCUACGGGCAUGUAUGCCAGCGUCCCAUGCGUGUUGGUCUGGAAUUCCAAUAACAGUGCUGGGCAUUAUAAGCGUGCGACGACGACGGCGCUGCAGCUUAUGAUUGCGAAUAGCGGGGGUUUUGUCGCGACGUUUAUUUAUCCGUCCAAGGACAAGCCGCAGUUUCACAAGGGCCAUACUGUGAUCCUUGGGCUUUUGGUGUUUUCUUGGUUCACGGUUGCUCUCAAUGUCCUGAAUUGCUGGAAGGUUAACCGGGAUAAGAAGACCGGCAAGUAUGAUCAGUAUACUGGGUACGCGGAUGAUAGGGAUCCGGAUUUCUUGAUGGUACUCUGA